AUCCCUCCACGUUCUCAGAAAAGUCGUCCACGCGUCUAUAAACCACACCAAUCUUUUGGCCCUUCGCUUCUCCGUUCUCCCCCAAUUCGCCUUCACCUCGCCGCUUCCUCCUUGACCGCCACCGUUGACGUCGUCUUCCGGCGAGGUAGCUCGCCGGAAGACCUCACCUGGACUUUUCCGACGCACCCUCCACACACUCUUUAACCCUCCGGAAUGGCCGCCUGCUUCUAGCUCGUCGACGCCCCAAUCUCCGCUUGCUUCCUCGACAGCCCCAUCCGCCUCUUCUCGCUCUCGCUACGGCUCCUCUGCCUGUUCGCCAUGGCGAUCCGCAUCACCGUCUCCUACUCCGGCUACGUGGCGCAGAACCUCGCCGCGUCGCUCGGCCACCGCUUCUCCUCCGCCUCCGCCUCGGGCAGCCGCCUCCUCCAUGACGGCGCCUGGCGCCCCUUCUGCAUCUUCACCUCCACCCGCCAGCCCGAGCAGCACCGCGGCAGCGGCAGCGACCGCCAUGACGGAGGCGACUACAACCACCCGAAGCCCCAGGCCAUCGCCGCCGGAGCUCACUCGUUGCUGCUCACGCGUGCGUGCUUAUCGUCCAAGUCGCCGCCGCCGUCUCUUGCCGUGGGGCUGCUCUCGGUGCUUGCGCAGAGGACGGGACCGACGCCUGGAACCACCGGAUCGGCGGCUUCUCUCUCAGGCUCGUCGCCGAUUUCCCUCGGUUUCAACCCCACCUCCUUCCUCCCGUUCCUGCAGACAGCGAGGUGGCUCCCGUGCAGCGACCUUGCCACCUCGUCGUCUUCGGCACCCUCUUCCCCUCCCCGCUCGCUGGCGCCUUCGGCUCCCCCCAAGAAGGCGUUGAUUGGUGCUUCUACUGGUUCUACCGGAAUUGCGACGAGCAGUGGUGCUGGUGCAGCGAUGAGCAGGAGCAACUGGCUGUCGAGGUGGGUCAGCUCCUGCUCCGAUGACGCCAAGACGGCGUUUGCGGCUGUGACCGUGCCACUUCUCUACGGGUCGUCCCUGGCCGAGCCGAAGUCCAUCCCGUCCAAGUCCAUGUACCCGACCUUCGAUGUCGGUGAUCGGAUACUUGCUGAGAAGGUCUCAUACAUAUUCCGGGAUCCAGAAAUUUCGGACAUCGUGAUCUUCCGGGCUCCCCCAGGACUUCAGGUUUAUGGCUACAGCUCAGGUGAUGUGUUCAUCAAGAGAGUUGUGGCCAAGGGAGGAGACUAUGUUGAAGUGCGUGAUGGCAAGCUGUUUGUUAAUGGAGUAGUUCAGGAUGAGGAUUUUGUGCUGGAGCCACACAACUACGAGAUGGAACCAGUGCUUGUGCCGGAAGGUUAUGUGUUCGUGUUGGGAGACAACCGCAACAACAGCUUUGAUUCCCACAACUGGGGUCCACUUCCAGUGAGGAACAUUGUCGGGAGAUCUAUCCUCCGGUAUUGGCCACCAUCGAAGAUCAAUGAUACAAUUUAUGAGCCUGAUGUGUCCCGCCUCACGGUGCCGUCCUCGUAGUAGUCGCUGCAGUGAUGCUGGAUAUCCAGUGUGUGUACAAUGACCUUAUACUUCGUGGAGCCUCAUUUGAUGAGUUGAGCUCCAGUUCCAAUUCUCUCAGAAUAUUGUCUCCUGAGUGUUCCCUGUAAAUUCUCUUUGCCUGACUGAUUUGUUUUCGCUGCCGGUUGGCAGAUGCUUGUUCAAAGCACGGGAAAGUGCAGUACCUUGCAUCUUGCAAUACAAACUAAUUAAACCGGUU